AAACGCCGCCAGUUGUUGCCAUCUUUUCGUCCGUCACCGUCAGUCAUUUUGUUCGGUGGCUGCUAUUUCAUGGUUGACGAAAUCAUUGAAAAUCUUUGUCAUCGGAGGUUAAUUUACAAAGUGACAUUAUGAGUUCUGGUAUGCCUGAAUUGGGCUCCAAAAUAAGCCUAAUAUCUAAAGCCGAUAUACGUUACGAAGGCCGACUUUUCACCGUCGAUCCUCAGGAAUGUACCAUCGCUUUGGCUAGUGUGCGAUCCUUCGGGACUGAGGAUAGAGAGACGCAAUUCCCAGUCGCUCCUCAGAGCCAGGUGUAUGACUACAUCCUUUUCCGGGGCACGGACAUCAAGGAUAUCAGAGUUCUGAACAAUGUCCCCCCACUGCCUAAUGACCCGGCCAUCAUGCAGAUGUCGGUGCCACCGUCGUUGGGCGGCGGCGCCGCGCCGGGCCAGUUCCCGCAGCAGUUCAACCACCCCGUCAUCGGCCAGACCCAGUACCUGCAGUACCACCCCAUGGCUGGUUUCCCAGGGAGUGUGCACGCUUCACUCAACAAGACGAGUGAGUUGUCUCCGCAGACAUCAGUGGAGCUGCCCCUGCAUCACAUGCCCUUGACCGCUCCUAUCGGAUCGGGAGUGGUCCAUCACAACCAAGUGAAAGACCAAGGUUCGAUGCUUGAUCUCAUCGGAGGAGGAUCUCAGCAGAGCACUUCGAGGUCGGGAACGCCUGCCGUGGGGCAUAGGAAGAGCCCUACAGCUGAUCAAGGCACUCAGGCGGGUUCGAUCGCGAGCGGCUCCGGGCAGCAGCGCGACAGCCGCCGCGGCAGCAACCCCAAGCAGCCGCAGCAGCAGCCUCGCAACCGUACUUCCUCGCGCAACCGCCAGCGCUACCCCAGCGGCGGCGCGCCCGGCCCCAACCAGGCCCAGCACCCGCAGGCCCAGAACCAUCACCAGCAGAACCAGCACCAGCAGAACCAGCACCACCAGCAGAACCAGCACCCCCAGCAGAAUCAGCACCCCCAGCAGAAUCAGCACCCCCAGCAAAAUCAGCACCAUCACCAGCAAGGACAUUUCGGAGGCGGCGGUUACGGUCGCGGCGGCUGGCGCGGGCGCUCGCGCGGCACGGGACGCGGCUUUGUGCCGCGCAGCAAGAACCCGCUCAAGUUCGACAACGACUACGACUUCGAGCAGGCCAACACCGAGUUCGAGGAGCUGCGCACCCAGCUCGCCAAGACCAAGAUCUCAGAUGAUGCCAAGCCGGAGGAUCUACAAUCAGCGCCGACUGUUCCGCAGGAGCUUGCUGGCGAGCUGGACAAGAAGGAUGACUCUGGCAACGAGACCGGUGCUGGUGAGCCCGAAGUUGAUGAUGACGGAUACUCCGGCUAUGACAAGACGAAGAGCUUCUUUGAUAACAUCUCCUGUGAGGCGGUUGAGAGAUCAAAGGGGCGCAGCCAGCGGACGGACUGGCGCACGGAGCGCAAGCUGAACUCGGAGACGUUCGGCGUGGCGCAGGCGCGGCGCGGCCUGUGGCGCGGCCGCGGCGGCUGGCGGCACAGCCCGCACAACCCGCACGUGCAGCCCAUGUCGUAUUUCCCCAGUUGGCGACCGAUGCGCGGCGGUCGCGGCCGGCCGCACCAGAGCCACCAGAACCAUCAGAACCAUCAGCCGCCCAGCCACGCGCAGCGCCCGCGCAACCAGCCCUCGCAGCCGCAGCAACCCGCACCCACCGCUGCUGCCGCCAAGUAGGAGGAGCGGCGCGGAAAGUGAAUCGAAUACCGAAUCUUUAUUUAUUGUCGCGAGGACUAAUCACAAAUGGAAAAGUAACGGAAAAGUGUGUCGGUGAUUAAAGUGUUUUAUAGAUGUAAAUUGAUAGAAAGGUUAAAGAAAGGAGAUUACUGCGGGAAGUUAUAUCGGAAUGAAUUAAGUUGAAGGACAUUGCUUUGGUGUGAUAGUGUUGUAUCCAAUAAUGGAAGGUGUAAGCAGGAAAUUCCCGUACGUGCGAGAUCGAACAAAUUGUCCAGGAGCGCUCGGCGCAGUAUGUUGUAAGUAUACGAGUGAUGGAGUGGAACUUUGGGCAAGCAUUGGCAUCUAUAAACAAAAUGCAUGGUAUUGUCACAAGCUCACUCAGACAGAAUGUCAGGUGCUUGUGAGGCGACCGGAACGCCUUCCUGUACAUUAUAUCGAGGCUAUGUAGUUUUGAAGCCGACAUAGUAUAAUUGAAGACUAUUUAUAAACAUGCCCAAUUAAAAUAUAUAUUUUCCUCGAGCUUCGUUUGUGCGCACUUUGUGCCUAAAGUUGUAAAACUUAGAUAAAUAUGAAUGUGUUUUAUUGUUUUCGAAGGUCAUUGCACUUCCACUAAAUUUUAAAACUUAGCAAUGACUAUACAGCAGCCCUACUUAUGUGUUAGUGAUAACAUGUUAGAAAAUUGUGAAGGGUUUAAUUUUACCAUUAUCAAGUCAAGUUGAUCGGCGGUCGGUCGUCACAGAUUAAAUAAGGUUGAAAAGAGAUCUGCCUGUUGCAUGACGAUGGUGAAAUUAGCUCUAAAUGUAUGAAAAUAAUUGGAUGACUUAGUGUUUUAUUGACUGUUUUAUUGUUAGUGAUAGAAUAAAUAAAAUGUGAUAGUAGGUCUGCUGUCUGCCGGCGGUGCCGCGCCUCUUACCAGACAUAGUAAAUGUAACGAUGAUCGUCGCCUCGUGUUUACGCUGUACUAAGGUUUUACUGCAGAUUCUUAUACUCAAUUAAAUCAAGUUGAAAGGACAGUUUCAUUUCGUGUUCAAUUGGUGAUUUUGUUAAUUGGUCCUUCACAAAUUUAUUUUGCAAAAGUUGACAAUCAACAUUAUUAUAAACUAUUUGUAAAAAUCUGUAACUCAAAAACUGUACCUGGUGAUUGUAUUAAUAUGAAAUAUACAUUUACUACAAACUUCAA